AUGUAUUCCCACUCAACAGACAAGCACUUCCCUGUAUUAAUCCUCCUAAACUUUGAGACAUUCCUAACUUUCAGGCCAGAUUUCAUUGAAAGUCUCUCUGCCUUUGAAGCCCAUUUUAAUCAUUCAGAUUUCCUUGAAAGUCUAUCUAUUUUUGAAGCCCAUUUUAAUCAUUCAGAUUUCAUUGAAAGUCUCUCUGCCUUUGAAACCCAUUUUAAUCAUUCAGAUUUCCUUGAAAGUCUAUCUAUUUUUGAAGCCCAUUUUAAUCAUUCAGAUUUCAUUGAAAGUCUCUCUGCCUUUGAAGCCCAUUUUAAUCAUUCAGAUUUCAUUGAAAGUCUAUCUACCUUUGAAGCCCAUUUUAAUCAUUCAGAUUUCCUUGAAAGUCUCUCUGCCUUUGAAGCCCAUUUUAAUCAUUCAGGUUUCCUUGAAAGUCUCUCUGCCUUUGAAGCCUAUUUUAAUCAUUCAGAUUUCAUUGAAAGUCCCUCUGCCUUUGAAGCCCAUUUUAAUCAUUCAGAUUUCCUUGAAAGUCUAUCUAUUUUUGAAGCCCAUUUUAAUCAUUCAGAUUUCAUUGAAAGUCUCUCUGCCUUUGAAGCCCAUUUUAAUCAUUCAGAUUUCAUUGAAAGUCUAUCUACCUUUGAAGCCCAUUUUAAUCAUUCAGAUUUCCUUGAAAGUCUCUCUGCCUUUGAAGCCCAUUUUAAUCAUUCAGGUUUCCUUGAAAGUCUCUCUGCCUUUGAAGCCCAUUUUAAUCAUUCAGAUUUCAUUGAAAGUCUAUCUGCCUUUGAAGCCCAUUUUAAUCAUUCAGAUUUCCUUGAAAGUCUAUCAACCUUUGAAGCCCAUUUUAAUCAUUCAGAUUUCCUUGAAAGUCUAUCUGCCUUUGAAGCCCAUUUUAAUCAUUCAGAUUUCAUUGAAAGUCUAUCUAUUUUUGAAGCCCAUUUUAAUCAUUCAGAUUUCAUUGAAAGUCUAUCUACCUUUGAAGCCCAUUUUAAUCAUUCAGAUUUCCUUGAAAGUCUCUCUGCCUUUGAAGCCCAUUUUAAUCAUUCAGGUUUCCUUGAAAGUCUAUCUGCCUUUGAAUCCCUAUUUAAUCAUUCAGAUUUCCUUGAAAGUCUAUCUGCCUUUGAAUCCCUAUUUAAUCAUUCAGAUUUCCUUGAAAGUCUCUCUGCCUUUGAAGCCCAUUUUAAUCAUUCAGAUUUCCUUGAAAGUCUAUCUGCCUUUGAAGCCCAUUUUAAUCAUUCAGAUUUCCUUGAAAGUCUAUCUACCUUUGAAGCCCAUUUUAAUCAUUCAGAUUUCCUUGAAAGUCUAUCUGCCUUUGAAGCCCAUUUUAAUCAUUCAGGUGUCUGUAUAAUAAUUAAAUCUUCUGUUGGUUUUAUAUGGAACCAACCUUUGGGAAUAUCAACUAGUGAAGUUCCUGCACCACAAAGUGUGAUAUCUAUUCACACCCUCCAAAAUCCCACUGCACAGAAUUGCAACGUAGACAAUGAAGGUUUUUUUUUUCUUGGUGGGGGAUGGAAGCUUUUGGUUUUUCUCCUUUUCUUGUUUUUUCUUUCUCUCUCUUCGUUGUCUAUUUCUUUCUGUCAUUUCUUCUUCCUCUUCUCAAUAUUUAUGAUUUUUAGCUUCAUUACCUUUGCUUCUUAUUUUUUUCUUGUUCACUUCUCUUUUUUAUUAUUGCUUAAUUCAUUUUUAUUUUCAUUUUCUCUUUUUCUUAUUAUUUUUUUUUAUUCUGUUUCUAUUGCUUCUUUUUUUAACCUUUUUCUUUUCUUAAAACUUAUUCUUUUUUCUUCUUCUUAUCUUCUUUCCUCAAAGCCUUUUUUCUUAAAAAUUUGUUCUAUUUCUAUUUAUUUUCUUUCUUUCUUUCAUCAAGCUGUUCUUCUUUUCAAAUUUAUACUAUUUUCAUUCUCUCUUCAGCUUCUUUUUAAAAAAUUUAUUAAUGUUAUCUUUACUUCAAAUUCAUCCUUUUUUUCUUUCCAAUCUUCUUUUUCAACAUUGACUUUUUUUCAAAAUUUAUUCUUUUUCUUCAUGUUUUUCUUGCCCUAUCUGCUGUUUACCAUUAACAAUUUUCCUUUCUUUCUUUUUCUUUCUUUUUCUUUCUUUCUUUCUUUCUUUCUUUCUUUCUUUCUUUCUUUCUUAAUCUACCACUUCUUUCUAUUUCUUAUUCCUCUCCUCCCAUUUAGGAUUUUCUUCUCUCUUUUUCCUCUGCACUUUUUUAUUUCCCUAAUUCCUUUCUUGCUCCAUUUUAUAUCCUUUGUUUUUUGUUCUUUUUCAUACCUUCACAAUUUUUUUUCUUUCUUUUUUCUGUUUUCUUUUUUUUCUUUUUUCUCUUUCUACUUUCUUUCCUUUUGUUUUCUGAUUUUAUUUUUUUCUAUUUCUCUGUUUAUUUCAUUUUCUGUUUCUAUUUUCUUUCUCUAUUUUCUUUCUUUUCUCUUUUCUUUUGGUUUCUCUUUUGCUUCUCUUUCUAUUUUCUUUCUUUUCUUUUCUCUUUUCUUUUCCUCUUUCUCUUUCUUUCUUUUUCUUUUUCUUUUCUUCUCUCUUUCUAUUUUCUUUCUUUUCUCUUUUUCUCUUUCUCUUUUGCUUUCUUUUUUUUUUCUCUUUCUCUUUUCUUUCUUUUUCUUUUUUCUUUCUCUUUCUCUUUUCUCUCUUUCUAUUUUAUUCUCUUUUUUUGUCUUACUCUUUCUCUUUUCUUUCUCUUUUCUUUUGCUUCUUUCUAUUUCUUUCUUUUUCCUUCUCUCUUUCUCUUUUUUUCUCUUUCUCUUUUCUUUCUCUUUUGCUUCUCUUUCUUUUUUCCUUCUCUUUCUCUGUUCUCUCUCUUUCUCUUUUUAUUCUCUUUCUAUUGUCUUACUCUUUCUCUUUUCUUUCUCUUUCUCUUUUGCUUCUCUUUCUAUUUUCUUUCUCUUUUCUUUCUCUUUUUCAUUUCUUUCUCUUUCUCUUUUGCUUCUCUUUCUAUUUUCUUUCUCUUUUGCUCCUCUUUCUCUUUUCUUUCUCUUUUCUUUCUCUUUUGCUUCUCUUUCUAUUUUCUUUCUUUUUCUCUUUCUUUCUCUUUCUCUUUUCUUUCUCUUUUCUUUCUCUUUUGCUUCUCUUUUCUUUCUCUUUCUCUUUUCUUUCUCUUUCUCUUUUGCUUCUCUUUCUCUUUUCUUUCUCUUUUGCGUCUCUUUCUUUUUUCCUUCUCUUUCUCUUUUCUCUCUCUUUCUAUUUUUAUUCUCUUUCUAUUGUCUUACUCUUUCUCUUUUCCUUCUCUUUCUAUUUCCUUUCUCUUUUUCUCUUUCUUUUUUCUUUCUCUUUCUAUUUUCUUUCUCAUCCCAUUCUUUUUCUCUUUCCAUUCUCUUUUUGUUUUUGUCUAUUUACUUCCUUUCUGUCUUAAUUCAUUUCUUUCUUUAUUUCUUUUUUCAUUCAUUUUCUUUUUCAUAUUUAUCUUUUUUUUCUUUCUUUGUUAAUGCCUUUAACUUCUCAAAUUUUAUCUUCAUCUUUCUUUUAAUUUUCUUUCUUCACAUACCACAUAUCUUCUUUUUUUUUGUUUUUCUUUCUUAA